CCAGGGAGCCUUCCGGGUGUGCACUGCGCCGAAAUCUCGGCGCGCGAGGGCCACGCCACGGCGGGUGCGGUUCGAAGAGCCCCGGCUUGCCCUUGUUGCUGCCAGGGCAUGACGAGUGAGGUUGCCCCCUGCAUGCCGUUUGACUGGUGGCGACGCGCCUCAGGACGGUCUGCGGGCGCAGGUGGAGGCCUGAUGACAAGUGAAGGUGCGCAGGGGCGAGCUCAAGACAUUUGCCGGCGCCUACAGGAGGCGCUGGAUUCCUUGGCAACCGGUACAGAUGCAAAAGACCAUCCUGACGGGCAGUCGGAGGAAAACUUCAAGCGGCUCUCGCAGGAUGUCAAGAAGCAGCUGCAGGCACUCCUGGAGGUCCUGCAGGAAGCUGAGAGGAGCAGCUCAGCAGGCGAGAUGCAGAAUGCACCGCUCGUCAAGGCAUGGCUGGGCCAGUUCCUGGGGGACGACCUGCCGAAGCACUUGGUGCAGAACCUCACGCAGCUGGAGUUCGAGGUUCGAAACGACGUAGUGACUGUCUUUAGCGCAGUCGUUCGCCUCGGGGCAACUCUCACAGAUGAUGACCUGCUGCAGCAGUACGUCAAGGACCACCCGCAGUUCUUUGAAUUGUUGGUCAAGGGCUACGAGACGCCUGAGAUUGCGACGCAUUGUGGGAUGAUGCUGCGAUCGUGUGCGCGCCAAGCCAAGCUUGUGCAGACCUUCUUGUCGCAGACAGCAGUCGUUCUCAAGCUGAUCCAGUUCACGCGCCAUGAAGUGUUCGACAUCUCGACGGAUGCCUUUUCAUCGCUGCACGACUUCCUCCUCAAUCAUCAAGAUGUCUCUGCGGAGUUUCUGCAGGCAAACUUCCGAGACUUCUUCAAAAUUUACAACAGCCUGCUGCAGGAGGGCGACUACGUGACCAAGCGCCAGGCGUUGAAGCUGCUCAGUGACCUGCUGCUGGGGCGGAAGUUCAUGAGGGUCAUGAUGAUGUACAUCGGAGAUGACUCCUACUUGCAGAUUCACAUGGAACUGCUGCGGGACGACUCUAAGACCAUACAGCUAGAGGCCUUUCACAUCUUCAAGAUCUUUGUGGCGAACCCGAACAGACCACCUCGAGUUCAUGCGAUCUUGUUCAGGAACAAGGAGGGACUCAUGAAGCUCCUGCAUGAGUUGACUCCGCAUCGGCCUGACGACAAGCAAUUCCUGGAGGACAUGCGGACGGUGCUCAGCAAGCUUGAGGCUUUGGAGCCACCACCGCGCAUCGAGAAGUCAGGUGGCUAUCAAGGAGGAACUCAACCAGAUCCUUCGCCAAAGUCCCGUGGCAGUGCGCCUGGAGUCGCGCUGUGAGUGGAACGGCCGGAGACACCGGCAAGAGGACCAAGAUCACGGCGGCAACUUCGCUUGCGCGUGCUUGAUACGCAAGUCCAGGCAUCAAGCCUUAUCGCAGUUGAUGCUCGGCAGAGUUCGUGCA